GUUGCUCCAUCCGUGACCUGCGCGCUUGCGGAGAGGUUAAAGGUCAGAGGUUCUGGAGCCAUCAUGGCAGCGCUCUGUCGGACCCGUGCCAUGACUGCCGAAAGUCAUUUCCUGCGAGUGUUCCUCGUCUCUCGGCCCUGUAGAGGCGCAGGCACUGAAAGUGGCUCCGGGAGCGAGAGUGCCGAGUCCACGGCGUCUGGAACGCGCCCUGGCGGUUUCGCGAGCGCUCUGGAGCGUCACUCCGACCUGCAGCGGAAGGCGGAGCUCGGACGGAUGAGGGGCUCUCCAAAAAGUGAGCAAUCCUUCGCGUCUAUGCUGAGACAUUCUCCUCUCACACAGAUGGGCCCUGCCAAGGAUAAACUAGUCAUUGGACGAAUCUUUCACAUUGUGGAGAACGAUCUUUAUAUAGAUUUUGGCGGCAAGUUUCACUGUGUAUGUAAAAGACCAGAAGUGGAUGGAGAGAAAUACCUGGUAGGGACCAGAGUCCGGCUGCGGCUUUUAGAUCUUGAACUGACGUCUAGGUUCCUGGGAGCCACGACAGACACAACGAUACUAGAGGCCGAAGCCGUUCUCUUAGGACUCCAGGAGGAGAAAGACCCCAGACCCAGAGAGGACCCUCGUGAGAAAUAAACGGACUUUGCUUAGUGCGUCCACUCCUUUGCUGAACCCACAUACUCACCAAGAAUGCACCUUGAAAAUUGUGAAUACAUGACUGAAAGAAGACAUGAUAAAUGAAGUCUGUAAUUAUAGCUCUUAUUGUUAGAAUUUUCUUUAGCUGUAUCUUCCCUACGCGCUUUUAUACCCAUUUCUCCCUUUGAUUGGAAUGUGUAAACUGUACUGAGAAACCCUUGCAUGCAAUAAAUAUGUUUUGAGUGUCCUGUG